AUUUAUUUUUUUUUCGAUAAAAAAAAGUAACCUUGACAACAUCCUCAAAUUGAAAUCUCAAAGAAAGACGCACUUUUCUACCAGCUACAUUAUCGAACGGAAAGCAUGGAAAUCAGGUUUGACGGUAAAGUUGCUUUAGUAACAGGUGCCGGAAAAGGAAUCGGGAGAGACAUAACAAUUAAAUUAGCGGAAUGCGGUGCUGAAGUCAUAGCUAUAAGUAGAACACAAUCAGAUUUGGAUGAGCUAGCAGAAAUUUGUCCCAAUAUUCGGCCAGUUUGUCUCGAUGUUGGUGAUUGGGAACAAACCAAAGCAGUGAUAAGCGAACUAGGACCUGUUGACUUGCUGGUAAACAAUGCCGCUAUCGGUAAAGGUCAACCGCUCGGAGAAGUUGACGAAGAGUUUAUCAACAGCCUGUUAGAUGUAAAUUUCAAGUCCAUUGUAAAUAUCAGCCAAGAGGUCUUUAAAGGGAUGAAAGAGAAAGGUAAAGGUGGAUCGAUUGUGAAUAUAUCUAGUUUGUCCAGCAUAAGGGGUUUUCCUAAUUACGGGGUUUAUGGAGCUACUAAAGCUGCCACUGAUUCCUUAACGAGGAACAUGGCUGUGGAAUUUGGACCAUACGGGGUUAGAGUGAAUUCUGUCAACCCAACCUUCGUGCGUACAAAAAUGGCAGAAGAACUUUUAAAUUCUGGAGAUCCACUUAUCACAGCAAUGAAAGAAAGAGCUCCUCUUCGAAGAUUUGAUGGUAUGAAUAUUUAAUAUAUAAUACGAAAA